AUGGCCAGUCACGACAACCCAGGGAUGCAUGCAAUGUUCAACAAUGCAAACUUCACGAAGGUAUAUGCGGAGGCUGCCGAGAAGAUGACCGGGCACUUUGCCGGUCUGCUCAUCAAACAGAUAAAGCUGGAGGAAGUGCCUGAUGACACAGAGUUGAUCGUGCUCGACCAGGCUUGUGGAACGGGUGUCGUAUCAGAGCGCCUCGUCAGCGCCUUGAACAACAAUCAGAAAGCCAACCUGGACCUCACCUGCGCAGAUUUCUCGGACACCAUGAUCGACUUCGUAGGCCCACGGGUCCGCACGCUAGGAGUCAAAUGUGCCCAGGUCAUCAAGGCAGAUGCCAUGGACACCAAACUCCCUAGCAACAAAUUCACGCAUGUUCUGCUCAACUUUGGACCCAUGAUUUUCUCGAAUUGGAAGGUCGGCAUGGCCGAGCUCCACCGGAUUUUGCAGCCUGGCGGCACUUUGGCUAUGUCCUCGUGGAAGAGUCUCGGCUGGUACGACGACGUGAGAGACUCCUUUGCCACAGACCCGGAGAUACCCCCGUGGCCGCCAUCAGGAGUACUUUGCGACUUGAUCAAUUCAGGCGGUGGUUGGAGUGACGUGGCCUGGAUCAGGGACAGCGUUGCAGCGUCUGGUUUCGUUGACGUGGAUGUGCGAGAGGUGCCCCAUACCAGCAUAUUCAGUGGCGUAGAUCAGCUCACCCGCUUCGUGGCUAGUAUGGUGGAUUUGGUCCAGCAGCGAACAUGGACCGCGGAGCAACGGGAGAGCUACAAAGACCGUGCGACGAAGGCUGUGAUCUCUUACAUGAAGCAAAAGUACGGCGACGGCGAGAUCAAGUGGGACUGGAUUGCCCUUUUGACCUCCGCGAAAAAGGCUGCGUCUGUGUGA